AUGGCGGACUCGGGAGUCCCAGCUCCUGUUAAUGAUCCAAAGGACUCUUCUGAGCUUCCGGCCUCUCCCUUUCCCCUAAAAGAGGAUCCUGUCUCCCCGAAACUGUCGCACCCUCUCGACGACAAUGACGGCUCCGUGUCUCCUCGCGCCUCCAAGAAACGGCGCCUAGAGUCCGAUCAACCGGACGACCUCGUUCUUCCCCCAUCACAACCCGAACUAUCCGACCAGAUUCCAGGGAAUCAAAUUGAAGAAGAAUUGGCAUCGGCUCUAGGACCCGGCGUGGUUGACACGGUGGAGCAUCAAGAUGACAAACAUGGUCAGAUCGACAGCUCUGCAGAAGCCGCUGUGGCACCGGAGACAAGCCAGGAUAUUGACACAGAUAUGGCAACAGUGAUCUCGAACAUCAUGAAUCAUGCUGAACGGGUGGAGGAGCAAUCUGUUCUCGGCCAACAGCAACUGGCCGAAAGUACUGACCAGUCAACGCCCAAGGGCAUGGUAAUCGUGAAAGCAAACUCGCACCUGAAGACCCAGAGUCUACCUAUCCUGGACAACCUGUCGACCCAAAUCCUAUCGCUAUUAGCGAAAUCGACCUAUCAAGACAUCACAUCCUUCGUCUCGGAGCCGGAGUCGGAAAAUGGCCAGGCCUAUGCAACCAUGCGCUCCCUUUUCGAUCAUACAAAGAAGGUUUACUCAUCGAAGAAAUCAUUCCUAUCGGCGACCGAACUGGAACUUACGGAGUCUUCGCAAGUCGACAUCAUCAGGAAGGCUAAUCUAGCAUCGUUUGUCUCCAGCAUCUUCGGCACCCAGGAAAUUGGCUUCUCGGAAUUGAACGACAACUUCCUUGAUGUCUUCGUUCCCGAAGGAGGGCGCUUACUCAAAGUACAGGGUGCUCUCUUCCUCGAACUCAAGACGCAAGCCUUCAUUGCCUCUAUGAAUAACGAGGAGCGAUCGAGAACCGAAAUCUUGUACGAGCUGUUUCCCGAUGACUUGGAGCAACGUCUUCUCGACAGGCGCCCCGGCACGCGGCAGCCUGCCCCAAGUGAAACUGACUUCGUGAAGCGCGCUGGGUCGCGUCGUGAUAUCCUUCUCAACGAUAUCAACAACGAAGAGGCUAUGAGGGCCCUGCCUGACAAGUACCAUUGGGAGGAUUUUCUCAGGGAUCUGAGCUCUUACAUCACCAAGAACUUUGAUGCCAUCAGCAACCAGCAGAAGAUUACCAAGGGUCGACAACCAUCCUCGUCUAGUGGAGAUGCCCAAGAGACCUCCAGCGCACCUCUUCAAGGCCAAUUCCCCGUCGCAUCACAGACCCCCGAUGUCCCCGUCGACCGGAAUAUGCAUGGUGAUCUCGUGGCUCGUGCGGCUCGUGCUGCACAGAUUGCCUUGCAGGGUCACGGAUUGAGACGAUCUCAGCAGCAGAGCCAGCAGCAGAACUCGCAACCCCAGCAGCCCGCCCAAAACCAGCCGCAACAGCAAUCCCAGCAGCCGCCACAAAACCCGGCUCAGCAGCCCCAACACCCGCAACCUCAGCAGCAGCCAGUGUCGCAGCACGGGUCGCACCAGGGCACGCCAGUCCCUCAUGGAUACUCAGCCGCGCAGCCAACGAACCAACUUCCCCCUCAGCAAGUCCCUCAACAACACCACUACCAACCGAGUCCCACACCCUCGGGAUACCAGCAAGCGCCGACGCAGCUCACCUUCCAGCAAAGUCCUCUCCAGCAGAACUUCCAACAUUUUACUCACCAGACUGCCCCUAUGUCUGUUCCCGGACGGCCGGGCUCAGCGGCAGCCAAUCAUGGAUAUAUGCCUGGCAUCCCCCACUAUUCUCAAUCCCAGCCAACGCAGGUCCUCUACGAACGCGCCCGCAUGGCAGCGUCGGCAAAGUCAUCCCCAAGCAGCCGCAAAUCUGGUCUCCCGAGUCAACGUCGGCCUUGGACCACCGAAGAAGAAAAUGCCCUCAUGGCAGGACUUGAUAGAGUGAAAGGUCCUCACUGGAGUCAAAUCCUCGCCAUGUUCGGACCUGGCGGGACCAUCAGCGAAGCUUUGAAAGAUCGCAACCAAGUGCAGCUCAAGGACAAGGCCCGCAAUCUAAAACUCUUUUUCCUCAAAAGUGGAAUUGAGGUUCCUUACUACCUGAAGUUUGUCACUGGUGAGCUCAAGACUCGGGCGCCCGCUCAGGCUGCCAAACGCGAGGCCCGAGAACGACAGAAGAAGCAAGGCGAAGAGGACAAGGCUCAUGUCGAAGGCAUUAAAGGAAUGAUGGCACUUGCCGGAGCGCAUUCCCAGCAGGUUGCAAUGGGUCACGGUCACGAUGCCAUGUCAGCUUCGCCCGGUCUGGCUCCCGAUCCUAACAGUCAUCAUCACCAUCAUCAUGUUCAUUCGACAUUUGACCAGACCGCCGAGCAGAACCUAAUGCAAACCCUCAGUCAAGAAGUUCACGGCGAUCAGUUCGGACAGCAUCAGCAUCAGCACCAUCACCAUCAGGAUCACAUCGAUCCCAGUAUGCAUGUCGGACAAUAG